AUCUACGACAUCACCCUUCAGCAUGAUUGAUUGAGAGAGAAUUCCGUUGGCUAGGCUAAUUGGAGGAUGACAUCAAGGACGGCGACAUAUCUCGCCUUCCACUCGAUCGUAAGACGAGGCCUAACAACCAUCUCGCCCACCCGAUACUCCCCUCGCCCCGCCCUCUCCUUCCUCCCCCAACACCAAACCAUCGUCUCAAAGGCCACCGCGCACAAGCAGAAACUGCCCAGGAACCACUUCACAUCCAACACGACCCGGCGCGAUCAACAACACUCGCAACACGAUAUCAAGUCGCAAUCCAAAACCCCCAAGCGCAAAGCCGCGCAACGCAUCCAAGCGCCUUCCCUUCGUCGAGUUGCCGUUGAGGCGCAGCGGUCCAAGGGAAGCUUGAUCAAAGGACGAGGCAAGACGAGACACGUCGACCCUGAAGUUGAGACAAAGGAUGUCACAGCGUACUGCGCCGCGGAAACGUACAAUGUGCAUGUGGCGCGAGAUCUGCUGCGCAGGGAAGGGUGGGAUGCCGAUCCCAUGGGCACCGGCCUGUUCCCUCAGGUCCUGCAUGUGAGAACACCAACCUCGACGACAAACUGGCGAUGGAGCGGCUCCGGGACAGACGGUGAUGCGGUCGGCGACGUCUUCAUCUUUCCCUCCGGCACGGUAGUAACCUGGAACGUGUCAGAGAAACUAGGCCGCUAUCUCGUGGAAAAAGUGCUAUCCCCCGCCGCAGAAAACAGCCACCCGGACAAAAUCGAAGCCGAAGACCUCGAAUACCUCGAGGACCCGACGAGAGAAGACAGCGAAAUCAUCGGCGACACCAUCAUCCUCGGCACCCGCACCGACAAUCCAACCCUCGACUCCGCCGACCCCCACGCCACCGAGCGACCCGACGGCCAGCACGAAAUCGACACCAUUCUCACCCAAAUCGCCUUCUCCUCCGCCCUCGCCCGCUCCACCAAACUCGCCGUGCUAGAGAACAUGCUAGCCCAAUACUUCCACACGACGCACGACAUCCCGCUCCUCCUCUCGCGCGGGACGAAACCGCGCUUCACCCGCGCCUUCAUCCUGCGCAAAACAGGCGAGCUCCUCUCCAUCCGCGCGCAGCUGAACCUCUACAGCGAACUCACCGAUUCCCUCCCCGACUUGUUCUGGGACUCGCCGCACGAGCUGGGGCUGGAAACGUACUACGAUGCCGUCGGGCGGGCGCUGGACGUCGGCGCGCGCAUCAGGACGCUGAAUGAGAAGAUGGAUUAUGCUAGUGAGAUUGCGUCUGUGCUGAGGGAGCGGUUGAGCGAGAAGCAUUCGCAUUUGCUCGAGUGGAUUAUUAUUUGGUUGAUUUUGAUUGAGGUGGCGUAUGGGAGUUUGCAUCUGUGGAGGGAUCGGCAGGAGAGGCUGGAUCCGGACAGUGAUCGCAAUUUGAUGCGGAGGUAUUUGUUGCGGGAGUUGGAGAAAGGGGGUGGAAGGGGGAGGUGAAGGGAGGUUUACACUGUGGCUUGUUUGUGAUACCCAAUCUCAACUCGAUUCAUUGCUCCGCUACAUUGGACAUUCAUGAGGAA